CACCGCCCAUCACCCACCCACCAUGUCAGCCGACCCCAAGCCCACUUCCGCCUACGUAACGCUCGUUUCCAACGAUGGCUACGAAUUCAAAAUCCUGCGCGACGCCGCCUGCAUCGCGGGCACCAUCAAGAAAGCUUUUGACCAGUCCUCCGGCUUCCGCGAGGUAUCGGAGAACCGUAUGGAACUGCCCACCAUCAACGGCGUCGUCCUCGAAAAGGUCUGCGAGUACCUGUACUACAACCAGAAGCACGCAGAGAGCAAGGAUGUGCCAGAUUUGGAGAUUCCACCGGAGCUGUGUCUGGAGUUGUUGAUUGCGGCAGAUUAUUUGGACGUAUGAACGGUGUGUGGAAGUCCGAACAGAUAUAUAGGGAAGAAUAGAGGACGCGCCGCGUUGAGAGGUGUAGGCUGCGACAGCGCGCAUGGCCAAUCUCCACGUUGAGAUGCUGGACGAACCAGAGAUGCCUCUGAUGUGAACUGGAGAUACCGCGGGUCACCCAACCGAAAAGCGAAGGUUUGGAAGCCACGGCGAGGACUUUGAGCUCAUGGAGAUGCGAGAUGUAAGAUCGAACGUCAUGUGUGCACUUAUAGACGAGGACGCUUCGAUACAGGUCAC